AUGUGGAGGACGGGCCUGGACGAGAAUGCAUUCGACUUGGCCGUGGACAAAGGAACCUUGGAUUACCUUCUUUGCGGGGAGGUGGCGCUGGUGCUCAGCGCACUGCGAAAUGUCCGGACGGCCCUUGCUCCAUGUGGCAUUCUGCUAGUGGUGUCAAUACAUCCACUACCACUGUGGCAGGCGCCUGUUCUUCGAUGGCAUUCUGGAAGUGCUAAGACGGGUUCUGGAUACGCGAAUAGUUGGUCAUGCAUCAUGAGGAUGGGCAGAGUGUUGGGUACCUGGGCAGCUCUGUGGAUGACAAACUCGACAGUGUUGGAUCAGCACGAGAAUGACUACGUCGCCACCUGCCCUAAGGGCAGAGCUCAAGCUUUGCAGAGACACGCAAAAUCUAGUUCAUAG